GUGGGGGUCUAGUUUCCAUGGCUGACCGGGAGUGCAUAUGUGGCAUCAUUUUAGAGUACUUCAGGCAGGUAGAUUCUACAAAUAUAAACUCAAUUUGCUAAAUCCUCAAUGAAUGUUUGGACCCCUAGAUACGUGAAGGAAGUGCUCGACUUUUCUCUCGCUUGAUUCGUCCAAAGAUUUCCUCCCAGCCAAUUCACAGGAAGAUGAUGGUGAAGAUGGUGAACGUGAGCUGGGGAAGCUGAACCGGUGAUUCCUGCCGCCUAUUUAGCUGAUUUAAUCCAGUAUUUAGAAAAAUAUUCAGGUUGGCUUAAUUUCGUAAUAUACUUUGAAAUGAGUCGUAAAUCGUGGCGUUAUAUGAUCUUCCUUCUUUCUAUCUGGCUUCUAAUACUCGGCUACAUGGGAUGGCAUUUAUUCGUACUCGUUGGAGAUUCCAACAGGAAUCAGGCCGCACUUGACCGAAAAGAAAGACAUGUGGACCUCUUGAAGUCACAGAAUCAAAAGCUCAAGGAAAUGAUCUCGGAUUUGCAGUCCAAAAUCAAUAAUUUGGAGACCUCUGCAAGUGUCAAAGAGAAGAAGUUUAAGAAUAUUUUGAAGCGCAUGGAGAGUUCGAAAGAAAGAGACCAAACUGCAGUUGAGAAAGUACAACGAGAAGAAUCAAAUAUAAAGACUGAUUUAAGCUUAAAAACUGAGAGUUCGUCUUGUUUACCGAGCUUAGAGGCUGAGAAAGCCAGAAGACGAACUGAAUACGAGGUAAAGGAACUUUGGUACUAUGUAAGCGCAGAAAUAACAAAAAUAAACAAGGAAACGAGACUGGAAACCAAGAAUAAGCUGACCAAUAUGUUAAACAACGUGGAACUUCUGCAUCAUCAUUUAACAAAUGACUUGGAGAAAAGGAAAAUACUGGAAUAUGGUGACUCUUGGCGGCAAAAAGAGCAUGAAGAACUAAGCCAACUAGUGCAAAGCAGGUUUGAUCGGCUUCAAAAUCCCGAGGACUGUGCAUCGGCCAAGAAACUAAUCUGCCAAAUUAAUAAAGGCUGUGGUUAUGGUUGUCAAGCACAUCAUGUUUUAUAUUGUUUUAUAGUGGCUUUCGGGCUUCAGAGAACAUUGGUUAUUGAUUCUGCUGGAUGGCGAUACUCGUCCCGAGGAUGGGAAGGAGUUUUUGAGCCUAUUAGUAAGACAUGUAAAUCGUAUAGUGGUUCUGUAGACGAUUGGGGUGAAGGUACUUCAAAUAACAAGAACGUCCUUCUACCCAUUGUAGACAGUCUCUAUCCUCGACCCCCUCACAUGCCUUUAGCUGUACCAGAAGAUCUCUCACUCAGACUCUCUAAACUUCAUGGUCAUCCUUUUGUCUGGUGGAUUGGACAGUUUACUAAAUAUUUAUUUCGUUUUACACCUGGUGUUCAAAAGGAGAUAGAUGAGAAGAAAGAGAAAUUGGGAUUCAAACAUCCAAUAGUUGGGGUGCAGGUGCGAAGAACAGAUAAGAUCAAUACAGAAGCUGCGUUCCAUAGUAUUGAAGAAUAUAUGUACUGGGUGGAAUUGUACUAUAAACAAAGAUCCAAGAAAGAGAAAAUUGAUAAAAAGAGAGUAUUUUUAGCCACAGAUGAUCCGUCUGUUUUACCAGAGGCAAAGAAAAACAGGUUUGUCGCUUAGGAUAUGAAAUAAUGCAGUCCAAACAUCCAGAUGCUUCCAGGUUCUUUCAAUCUCUUGAUGAUAUCUACUACUUUGGUGGCCAAUCUGGACACAAUGUGCGAGCUGUUGUACCUCACAAGGCUCAAAAUGGUGACGAGAUUGACUUAGAAGUAGGAGAUCUGGUUGGCAUUGCCGGCAAUCACUGGGAUGGCUACUCCAAAGGGACCAAUCAUAGGACAGGACAGACGGGCUUGUAUCCAUCUUGGAAGGUGGAAGAAGUCAUGGAAACAGCAAAAUUCCCAACAUAUAAUACAAAAUGAUUAUAAAUAGAAUAGGAACUAGGAACUAAAUAAACUGCAAACCAUAUAGAGUGCAUACCUGUAUCCGUGAAAAGUGCGACUAACAAAGCAGCCUGUACAAAUAAGUGCACAGUUUUGUAGGUCUAUGGUCUACUGAACUUACAAAUUUGUGCAAAUUUGUGCAAUGUUUUGUACAAUUUUUUUCACACAUAUGGUAUGCAGGUAUCCAUGAAAUAGUACUAACUAAUUAGUACAAAAAAGCACCAAUGAAACAAAUGAAAACAAAAGAAAUAGUGAUGUGUUUAGUGCUAUUUAGUUUGUGUGUUAUUUCACAGAUAUAUGGUCUGCACUCACUAUUAGAAUGAUACAAUUUUGUAAUUAUGACCUGCCUUACUGGGCGUAUACACACAAUAUACACGUGAAAAAUUACAAAAAACUAAAAAAGUGCAAAACAGUACAAAUUCCUUUGUUUCCUAUGGACAAAAUGUUUAUAGACAUUGCCAUCGUAAUGUGCCAAACAUUUUUACUAUAGGUUUUGUCACUGUACAAAGUCGUUGUACACCCUCCUAUUGUUCAAAUAGUACAGCCUUUUUGCACUGAUUAGUUCUUUGUAACCCUUUCAUGUUUACACUCUCUUAGAUUUUAGCUAGUCAUGUGUAGAUGUCUCUCCACAUUUAUCACCUUCAGGAUAAGAUAAUUCCUUGUUUAAACACAUAGGAAUCUAUAACGUCUGAAAUUUUUAUUAUAAUUUUGUAAAUCUACCAAAAAUAAAGUUCAUGGUUAUAAGAAAUUGCUUUUUCAGCUUUCUGAUUUUAUUACAUUAUUUUGUUUUGCAAAGAGCUUUCACCUACAGGGUCAUCAAAAUAAGAAAAACACAAGACAAAAGCAUAGAGCGAACAACAAAAAGAAACAAUUUGUCAUAACCAUGAAUUUAAACACAACCUAUAAACAACUAUUUGAUUUAAUUAAAAAAAUAGUUCUCACUUUUAAUUUGUAUUUUCAUUCCCUUCAACUGGGAAGGGAUAAAGAAGUUUCUCCAGGAAAACAAAUAAGAGUACUUGAAAUCAAAAUACUAUUUUUUUAAAUGAGGACAACCCUGAAUAAAUGAGUUCUUUUUUACAAA